GAAACAGGAGGAGCACAAAGGGGAGCAGCCCGAGGGAGGAGCAGCCGCCGUGAAAGGAGCGUCGCGGGGUUCCCCGGAGAGCCCGCUGAGCCCGCAGCUCGGCUGGCCCCAGCAGUAUCGCAUUGCCCCGCAUCCCGCAGGAUUUCCCAUUCCCAAACCUCAUCUGGAUAGAGGAGGAGGCUGCGAGGAGGAGGAAGAUACCCCAGGACACUCAGGCAGACAAAGAGCUGAGGAUGGAGAGCAGGAGGACAAAUCCCCGCGGCAGAACCUCGUGGCAGAGGCCAUUUUGAGCGGCUCCACGGGCAGGAAUCCGGCACGGGGAGGAAAAAGCCCCAGAGAUCUUGCAGGAGGAGGGGCUCUAAACCCAGCCCAGGAUGCUCCAAGGAGGAAAGACCCACCCUGUGCCAGGAAAGCAGCCAGAGAUCUGGCCAGAGCUCUGAGGUGGUGGUCAAUGAGCAGCUUGACGAUGGCAAGAAGCCCCACCAGUGCUUGGAAUGUGGGAAGAGUUUCCUCACGAACUCACGCCUGGUCCUCCACAAGAGGAUGCACACCGAACGGCCCUACGAGUGUGGGGAAUGUGGGAAGAGCUUCAGUAUCAGCUCCCACCUGUACCGCCACCAGAAGAUCCACACUGGGGAAAGGCCCUAUGAAUGUGGGAAAUGUGGGAAGAGCUUCAGAGACACCUCUGACCUGAUGGUCCACCAGAGGAUUCACACCGGGGAACGACCCUAUGAGUGUGGGGAGUGUGGACAGAGCUUCAAUGUCAGCUCCCACCUGAUCGCCCACCAGCGGAUCCACACCGGGGAACGGCCCUACAAGUGUGGGGAAUGUGGAAAGAACUUCAGCCUGAGCUCCAGUUUGAUCCGCCACCAGAGGAUCCACACUGAUGAACGGCCCUAUAAAUGUGGAGAAUGUGGGAAAGGCUUCAGGAAGAGCUGCCAUCUGAACCGCCACCAGAUGAUCCACACUGGGAUACGACCCUUUCUGUGUGGGGAAUGUGGGAAGGGCUUCCGUGACAGCUCUGACCUGAUCAUCCACCAGACAACGCACACUGGGGAAUGCCCCUACAUGUGCUCAGAAUGUGGGAAGAGCUUCAGCCAGAACUCCAACCUGAUUGCCCACCAGAGGAUCCACACUGGGGAGAGGCCCUACAAGUGUGGGGAAUGUGGGAAGAGCUUUGGCCAGAACUCCAGCCUGAUUGCCCACCAGAGGAUCCACACUGGGGAGAGGCCCUAUGAGUGUUCUGAGUGUGGGGAGAGGUUUCAGAGCCGAUACCGUCUCCUCAAGCAUCAGCAGAUUCACACAGAAUAGAGACCGUUCUGCUGCCCUGACUGCAAGAAGGGGUUUAAGAAAAAACUCCACCCUUGUCACUCACCAGCGGAUCCACACUGCGGAGAGGCCUAACAGUGUCCCAGGUGUGGGAAGAGCUUCUCUCAGAACUCUACCGUGACCCAACACCAAGGGAGGCAGCAGUAAGGGAUGCCCUACAAGUGCCCUGUGCAGGAAGAGCUUUGAGCGCUGCUUCAACUCCAUCUCCUAUUGGAGGACCCCAAUUGGAUGGUCCACAGUGACCCUCGCUGGGCAGAGACUUGGUCAUCCAUGGUCCUGGUGAUCCAUGUUGGGAAGACACCUGGCUGGUGGUUUUCACAUCUUCCUGGCUCACCUUGGGCACUUGGAUGCAGCCAGAAAAAAUCCAUUGGGAUGCAAACAGACGUCAGAAUUUCAUAGGGGACAGCACAUUUUUUUACUUUUGACACCAAAAAAGUCUCACCUUUUGCAUCCAAUCAUUGCUUCGGGUGGCAUCAAGGAAUAAUGGAUUGUAUUGGAGGUCUUUUUCCAACCUGAAUCAUUCCAUGAUUGUAAUUCUCUCUAGCCCACAGGCAUCUUCCACAGCCAAAUGGUGAUGGACUGGGGCAAAAAACCAAGAUUUUGGAGACAAUGGAGUGGAAACUCCUCUUAAAAAGGUCCUUUCUACCCGCCCAGGCACAUGGAUACUCAGCAGCAUGGACACGUAAAUCCUUUUAUUUUGGCUUUGAUUUUCCUUCAUUUUUCUUUCAUCCUUUCACCCAAACAUUAGGGUAAAAU